AUGGCUCAUCAUGUACAUUCCUUGGGACCGACGUGCGCAUACUACGAGGAAGACCACGAAGAUUCGCAUACCGACGGCUCGCACCCACCCAACGUCAAGGCCCAAUUCUUUUAUGUCUCGUCCCAGCCUAUUGAUGACCCUCUAUCCCCCUUACCACCAGUCUCCGCCGACAAAACCACACGUCUCCGCCCUCAACCAUUUUCUGCACGAGAUAAUGCGGCCUUAGAAGAGGCCUGGCAGGCCUUUCAGCCUCCACAGGGUGGUCCUGAAAGAGACAGUGACGCAAAAACGAGAUGGAACUUUGCCAGAGGUGUCUUUUCCUUCCCAGCAUUCAGAGGUACUGGUGGCUCUCCUGGGAUCAAGUCUCCCGCCACACAAUCGGGAAGGUCAGAAAACAUAGUUGGGCCUGACACGAAACAAGGACUGGAACAUCCUACGACCGAGGCAGAGGUCAUGUUGGAGCCCGACUCAGGUGCUGAAGCCGAUUCAAAACCAGUCGACGCACAGGAACUGGAUCAAGCCCGAGACGCCGAAGACCUCCCUGCUAAGCAUAGGAGACACUUUUCUCCAUUCCGACACAGACAGAAAGGAGGCGAGGAAGUUUGCAAUGAUCCGCCCAAGUCUAUGGAUUCGGACGACACUCGACAACCUCCUCCUCAACCAAAUGUAGGAUUCAAUUCGGAUAUCAGUGGCCGACCUUUCGCUCGACAGCCUAGUGGACGCAAUCUAAGUUCUACUUCCAAGUAUCAAGGAGCCUUCGCUCUUCCUGAGGAACUAGAUCAUGACUCAGGCGAGGAACGAAGUCGGUCUCGGAGUGUAGGGCGACAUCAUAGGGAGGAAGGGGUUCAAGAAAAGGUGUUUGUGCCUGUGGGUGUGUCUCGGCUACAUUUAGUCGAGAUGCCCGACCUCAUUAUGAAACCGAUUUACUGGUCUCCCAUAAACGACACCUCCGAUGUUAUUCGGGCCACUUGGUUUUACAAAGACACCAUGCUGCCGGUACCGGCGGAAGUUGCCAACCGGUUGGAGGUUGGCUAUGAGUAUAUGAAACCAUAUGCUGAGUCAUAUCAGGAAGAAUUACAAGCUUGCAUCGAGAAUGGCGCUUCGGCCGAGAUGAAGGUGGUUUAUAAGCUUUGGCCCGACGAGCCAAAGUUGAGCCGACCUGGGACCGCCACAGACACGAAGGAGAUGGAUCAAGGGGUGUCCCAGGAGGCGACAAGCGGACUUUUGCCUGAAAGAUUGUUGAACGCGGCCGCCGAUCCUCGCAAACCCACGGAGCGACGGUUUUUUGGCACACAUAGUGUUAUCUACACAGACGCCAGGAACGCUCAAAUCCUGAGACCGAGCUUGUUACCGUCCAUCAGCAAAAAUCGGCGACCGCUGAGCUCCCUUAGGAAAGGGAGUCAGAUUGGGGUGGCGGUUGUUCGUGGAUUCGACCGCAAAGCUUGGUUGAAGAUCCAUCCGAACCCCAAGCUGGAUGCCAAAGCCGCUCACGCCAAGGUGGGAGCAUACAUGUCUCAAUCCGGAGAUGCCACAACGCGCGGCCGACGCAUGUCUUGCGCGGCUUGUGAGGAAGAGACCGAAGCGCCCAGGGUCUCAGACCUGGUACUGGUUAUUCAUGGAAUCGGGCAAAAGUUGUCAGAGAGAGUGGACAGUUUCCAUUUUACGCAUGCCGUCAAUGGUCUCAGGCGAGAGUUCAAUGUGGAGUUGUCGACUGAAGCGGUAAAGGGCAAUUUGAGGAAUGGAACGGGAAUCAUGGUUUUGCCGGUGAACUGGCGUCUGACUGUCUCCUUUGACGACGAUGUCAAGGCUUCCCAGCAGGAUGCGGACAACAAAUACGCACUCAAAGACAUCACGCCCGACACUCUCCCAGGCGUUCGGUCUCUGAUCAGCGACGUGAUGUUGGACAUUCCGUACUACAUGUCACACCAUAAAGCCAAAAUGACGUCGGCAGUCAUCCGUGAAGCCAACCGAGUCUAUCGGCUAUGGUGUCGGAACAAUCCAGGCUUCGAAGACUAUGGCCGAGUUCAUCUCAUCGCUCACUCGCUCGGUUCCGUGAUGGCCAUGGAAAUUCUCGGUCAGCAGCCCACACGGAUCGGAAAGGACAUCAAAUUCGACCGCCAUCAGCCAAGCGAGAAGAUCUUUGAGUUUGACACGACCAAUCUGUUCUGCUGUGGAAGUCCCUCUGGCCUUUUCCUGCUUCUCAACAAUGCGAAUCUCAUUCCACGCAAGGGAAGAAACAAACCCGGCAUGGAAGGGGAAGACAGGCAGCCGGGGAUCGCGGGCGAAGCCAAGUACGGCUGUCUUGCAAUUGACAACCUCUACAAUAUCUGCCACCGAAACGACCCGAUCUCGUACCUGCUGAACGCGGCGGUGGACCAACUGUAUGCGGCCUCGCUUCAACCCGCCUCCAUCCCCAGCGCCAGUGCCAGCUUUAUGAGACGACUCGGGCACACUUUGCGGUGGGCAUCUGGAUCAGCAUCCAACGCCUAUACGAGUGCUGCCGUAGCCACCGCGCGGCCUGAGCUCCAGCAAUUACCUAGCACGGUGGAAAUGGAGACUCACAAUUUCACGCGGGAGGAAAUCGCGGAAAAGCGCAUGUAUCUCCUGAACGACAAUGGACAGAUUGACUGGUUCUUGAAUUCGGGAGGCGGGCCCCUUGAGAUUCAGUAUCUCAGCAUGCUCAGCGCCCACAGCAGUUAUUGGGUGUUGCAAGAUUUUGUCAGGUUUCUGGUAAUUGAGAUUGGGCGCGAGCCUGGCAAGACUCAUACGCUGCCAAUCUUCCGGGCCGUCAAGACGAGAGAGUACAAGAAGGGCAACAUUUCUUAA